AGAAGAAGAUGAUACAGUUGAGCGGCAACGGCGGCUAACUUUAGCGACACAAAUUCAGUGCUUUGAGGGAAUUACAUUAUAACAAAACCAGCGAGUCAAAAUGCCUCGUUAUGCACAGCUAGUGAUGGGUCCGGCAGGCAGUGGUAAGAGUACUUACUGUUCCACCAUGGUCCAGCAUGCAGAAGCCAUAAACCGAUCUGUCCAGGUGGUCAAUCUGGACCCUGCAGCUGAGCACUUUGACUAUCCUGUCAUGGCAGACAUACGUGAGCUCAUCCAGGUUGAUGACGUGAUGGAAGACGAGUCUCUUCGGUUUGGCCCUAAUGGAGGCUUAGUCUUUUGUAUGGAGUUCUUUGCCAACAACUUCGACUGGCUUGAGGAGAACCUAGGUCAUGUAGAGGAUGACUACAUACUGUUUGACUGUCCAGGUCAGAUAGAGCUCUACACACAUCUUCCAGUGAUGAGGCAACUGGUGGAACAGCUCCAGCAGUGGGAGUUCCGGGUCUGUGGUGUCUUCCUGGUAGACUCCCAGUUCAUGGUGGAGACUUUCAAGUUCAUCUCAGGUGUCAUGGCCGCCCUCAGUGCAAUGGUGUCAUUGGAGAUCCCUCAGGUUAAUAUUAUGACCAAAAUGGACCUGCUCAAUCCUAAGGCAAAGAAGGAAAUUGAAAAAUACCUGGACCCAGACAUGUACUCCAUGUUAGAGGAUAACUCUGUCAUCCCAAACAAAAAAUUCAAGAAGCUGACUGAAACCAUCUGUGAUCUGAUUGAGAACUACAGCAUGGUGAGAUUUCUGCCUUUUGACCGCACAGAUGAAGAAGGCGUCAACAUAGUACUACAACACAUAGACUUCUCUAUACAGUAUGGAGAGGAUCUGGAGUUCAAGGAGUCAAAGGAGGUUGAUCAAGAUCCUGGUAACCUAAAUUACGAUGAAUAUUUCCAAGACAAAGUGGAGAGCUGAGAUUUGGCAUAGCUCUCAACAUUAACAAAACAAAGAUCGUCUGUGGGAUAUGUAAAAGUUCAGAAAUAACACCUGAAGGUGAUAAAUUACACUUGAGCUGGAUAUGGAGCCGAGUAACCCACUGUUUUAUAAAUGCUUCCAAGACAAAGUGGAGAGCCGAGAUGUGACGCAAAACCAAGAACAACGCAAAAGAGACUGUGGGACAUCCGGGAGUGGAGACAAAACGAUCAACCACACCAGUUAUAAUGAUUGUGUCUGGAUCAUAUUUAUUCUCAGAGCUACAUUUUUUUUCUUCUAUUCUUGCUAUGUUCAAAGUAUGUCUCUAAUUUUACAUUAUAUAUUGGUCGUUUUGACUUUCAAGCGACGUCAGCAAGCGCCAUUUUUGAAUAAAAUUUUCAGCUUCCCUUGCAAGAUUG